UUGUGUCAUUGCAGGCACUUGAGCUUAGUUUCUUUGGGAUUUGACGGGAUAGAGCUUUUUUGGGGCUGUCUUUGCAGCUGGUUACUGCAACCUCUCUGAGAUGUGAUUUUGGAUGCAUAAAAUAAUAAUAGUACUCUAGCCAUAUGUUAAGUUUCAAAGUAGUGACCAGCAAUUCUUUCUCUUAUGAAAUUUGAGCUUUGGAAUUGUGCUAUUAAUGCUUCUGAUUUGGUUUUUACAAUUAGCACUGAAUAUUCAACUUUCAAGGGUUCAUGUCAUUUAUUUUGCUUCAGUAUCUGCAGUUUCAUUCUAUUGGGCAUGAAAGAUUCUGCAGUGAACACAUAAUGAAUCCUCCCAAAGGAUGAAAACAUAGACGACGCUUCUCACGAUAAUCAAAUUCAACCUCAAAUCUUCAAAACAAAACUUCCAACUUUGUAAAAUAUGACUCAAAUGAUACAUUUGCUUGAUGACAGGUUCUAGGAGUGGAUAAGUUUAAUUUGCAAAAUCUAAACCACAAGUUGCUAGAGCAAGGACAUUUGUUUGACAAAGUGCAAAGUAGUGAAGGAUUUUCAGAAGUUAGAACGGUGGAGGAUUCAAAAGAUGCAUGUUUCAGAAGUUCCCCAAACUGUCAUUCCAAUCCCACUAUAGAGAAGAUGCAUCAAGAGUAGGAUACGUGAUGGCUCAAAAUUUGUUUAGGUUUCUAGCUAAGAGCGUAACCCUCGGCCCGAUGUUGUGCCUAAGACUAGUUGUACGUAGUGCACCACGCCCCGAGUCUCGUGACCCCCAAUGGCAGUGCCAUCUGGCGUGAGUGCAAGGUGAACACCGCCCCCGCCCUCUAUCUAUUACUGAUUCGCAUGGUUGCCGCGUGAAGCAACUCGUGGCCAAGGCCACGGAAGAGGGUUUGAAGAGGCCACUAUAUACGCAGCAGAUCCAUGGGAUUUUUCAGAGCGAUUCUGAGGGAAAAACGU